CUGAAAAUGCUUUCGCGAUUGACAGCUUCUUUUGGGAACAAAUACAUACGUUCAAAUACAAGCAACCGGUUAUUCCUGAACCAAAAAAGGGCGUUUGGAUUUACCAAAAGCAUCUCUAAAGAGGCAGCUGAUUCGACAAAGGCUGUUAAAUUUACCACCAGUACAUAUAAUGAUGCCAUCAGUCGAUUAAAGUCACAGGGAAAACUAGCAGGAAAGAUCACCGGAUACACUAUUUUAUCCGUAAGUGCAGCCAUAGGUUUGAUUUGGCAACUUACGCACUUGUAUAUCGAAUAUACUAUGGAAUCGACGCCAAAAGAACUAGGAUUCAAGGGUCGUCAAUUGCUCCACGGAGCAUAUGUUCGAGAACAGUUAGCGCCUGAUUAUGAUAUUGCUUCCAUGUAUAUUCGGGAAGUUAUCCGUAUUGCUUUAGAAGAACAAAACCUGAAAGAGAGCUCUGAUACAAUUAUCAACCUUCGAUUACGACUAGCUGAAGACGAGAAUAAGUCAGGGAAUCUAUUAGAUGCGAUUACCGAAUACACCAGAGCAUGGAAACUGUUGAUGGACAAUGGUAAGGGCCAUGAUCAGCAAACAAUCACAGCAGCAAAGAAGAUUGGGGAUUUAUAUAUGCGAAUUGGUGAUUAUGAACAUGCGGAAGAAUACCUUGCUUGGGCACUUCAUAUGUCUGAAAAAGCUAGCCAAGACGAUCUACUACAAUCAAAGAUUAAGCUUUCGUUGGCCAAUUUGUACGCUAUCCAACGCAACUUUAAACUUUCAAUACCUUUAUUAUCACAACUGUUAAAAUCUUUACCAGAAGAACAGCAUUGUCUCAGAGCUAUUGUGCAGAACCAACUAUCAGAAAUAAUGUAUGGCUUGAAUAAAAAAGAUGAGGCCAUGGGUUGGGCUCAAACUGCUCUUGAGACAUGUACCAAGGAUAUAAAAAAUCAAGACUGUUUAGAAUGCGGUGCUGUAGCGUCGAAUAACAUGGGAAGGAUGUUGGAAUUGAGCAGUGAAUUUGAACAAGCGUUAGCAUAUUAUAAUCAAGCUAUAAAAUAUGCGGCAGACGUGGGUAAUCUAACAAGCCAUGAAACUUAUAGUCUCAACUCAGAAAGAGUUCAGGAUAUUAUUGCAAUAAAAGAGACAAAGCAUUGAAAUUAAUCACUGAAACCACUUCUCCCUAUCAGCAUCUUAUUAUGAAUAGCCACAUCAAAUUAAAUAUGAGGG